CACGAUUUCACCCAGGCUGUUCUCAUACUCCUGGGCUGAAGCAAGCCUCUCAAGUGGCUGGGACUAGAGGUGCAUGCCACCACACCUAGCUGAAAAAGGGAAUCUUAAUGUAGAUGUUGAAGUGCUUUUUGUAUUUAUGAACUGUGUUCACAUCCUGUACUCACUUAAGGAAUCUGUUAUCAAAAUUAUAUAUAAUUUAAAAAAGCCAGCUAGUUUUAAUAGUGUGUUUCUGUUUUAGGCAUUAACUUCCAUCUGUAGAAGAAGAGGAUUUAGUUUUCUUUCUCUACCAUAUGCUUGCAUAGUUCCUGUCUUCCUGUCUUCCCAGUCUACCAAUAUAUUUCAUAAUUUAACCACUAUUCAGAGUUUCCAUUAUUAUACAUUCUGUUCACAGCUCAGUCAUGUAGUACACUUGCUACUAAAAGUGUGGUUUAAGGACCAGCAGUACUGGCCUCUGGUGAAAGAUUGUGAAAAAUGCAGUAUCUCUGGCCCCAGCCCAGAAUUCAGAUGUGUUCAAUGAGAUCCCCAAAUGAUUCUUUCUUUCUUUCUUUUUUUUUGAGGUGGAGUUUCACACUAUCACCCAGGUUGGAGUGCAGUGGCCCAGUCUCAGUUCACCACAACCUCUGCCUCCUGGGUUCAAGCGAUUCUCCUGCCUCAGCCUCCCGAGUAGCUGGGAUAACAGGUUAAGAAUGUCUGAGGGGCCAGGCGGUGCCGGCAAGAUGGCUACGCUUGAGAAGAUGACGUUUCCAGAGAAACCAAGCCACAAAAAGUACAGGGCCGCCCUGAAGAAGGAGAAACGAAAGAAAUGUCGGCAGGAACUUGCUCGACUGAGACACUCAGGACUCUCACAGAAGGAGGAGGAGGAGGAGGACACUUUUAUUGAAGAACAACAACUAGAAGAAGAGAAGCUAUUGGAAAGAGAGAGGCAAAGAUUACAUGAGGAGUGGUUGCUGAGAGAGCAGAAGGCACAAGAAGAAUUCAGAAUAAAGAAGGAAAAGGAAGAGGCAGCUAAAAAAUGGCAAGAACAAGAGAGAAAGUUAAAGGAACAAUGGGAAGAACAGCAGAGGAAAGAUAGAGAAGAGGAGGACCAGAAACGACAGAAGAAAAAAAAAAAGGAAGCUGUGCAGAAGAUGCUGGAUCAGGCUGAAAAUGAAUUAGAAAAUGGUACCAUAUGGCAAAACCCUGAACCACCUGUGGAUUUCAGAGGAAUGGAGAAGGAUCGAGCUAAUUGUCCCUUUUACAGUAAAACAGGAGCUUGCAGAUUUGGAGACAGAUGUUCACGUAAACAUAAUUUCCCAGCAUCCAGUCCUACCCUUCUUAUUAAGAGCAUGUUUACAACGUUUGGAAUGGAGCAGUGCAGGAGGGAUGACUAUGACCCUGACGCAAGCCUGGAGUAUAGCGAGGAAGAAAUCUACCAACAGUUCCUAGAUUUCUAUGAGGAUGUGUUGCCCGAGUUCAAGAACGUGGGGAAGGUGAUUCAGUUCAAGGUCAGCUGCAAUUUAGAACCUCACCUGAGGGGCAAUGUAUAUGUUCAGUACCAGUCGGAAGAAGAAUGCCAAGCAGCCCUUUCUCUGUUUAAUGGACGGUGGUAUGCAGGACGACAGCUGCAAUGUGAAUUCUGCCCAGUGACCCGGUGGAAAAUGGCGAUUUGUGGUUUAUUUGAAAUACAACAGUGUCCAAGAGGAAAACACUGCAACUUUCUUCAUGUGUUCAGAAAUCCCAACAAUGAAUUCUGGGAAGCUAACAGAGACAUCCACUUGUCUCCAGAUCAGACUGGCUCCUCCUUUGGCAAGAACUCCGAGAGGAGGGAGAGGAUGGGCCACCACGACCACUACCCCAGCAGGCUGCGGGGAAGGAGAAACCCUAGUCCAGACCACUCCUACAAAAGAAAUGGGGAAUCUGAGAGGAAAAGGAGUAGUCACAGGGGGAAGAAAUCUCACAAACACACAUCAAAGAGUCAGGAGAAGCACAAUUCACCAAGCAGAGGAAGAAACAGGCACCGCGGCCAGGGCCAGGGCCGCCGGAGCCAGAGCCGCAGGAGCCACCGCAGCCAGAGCCAAAGUUCCUCUAGGUCCCGAAGUCGUGGCAGGAGGAGGUCGGGUAAUAGAGGCAGAACUGUUCAGAGCCCCAAAUCCAAAUAAACUAGUUUUGUUCUAAAAAAAAAAAAAAGAAAGAAAAGAAACGACUAGGCCAGGCGC